UCAAAAGAUUGGUUUGUUGUACUUGAAGAAUGGAAACGGUUAGAACAACGAAUUAACAAAGUAACAUGUAGAUAUGAAGUAAAGCUAAAAAGAAAAAUCCUUAUCAUUUCUGCUGUGUUCCUGAUUUUAACUGUAGUGGAUAGCGCAUCAAAUACAGCGGUUCAAUUUUCAAUUGCAUUUACGAACAAAGGGGAUGUAGAAGUCUUUGAAUAUUUUUUUACCACGAUGAGGCUUAAUUUAUUUUUCCAAAUGACAUCGUAUUCCUUGUGGAAAGCAGCUGUUGUAGAGACAUUUAAUUUUAUUGGAUCAUUUUGUUGGGCAUACGUAGAUGUUUUCAUAAUGGUUAACGGAAUUGCCCUGUCCUCAAAAUUUAAGCAAAUUUCAUUUAAAAUACACCAGUAUGUUCAAAUGGAGGUAUCUGAUUUAUAUCUUUGGAAAAUUCUACGGGAAGAUUAUUUCGACCUAUGCAUUUUAACAAAAACUGUCGAUAAAUCUUUGUCUAAUUUGGUUUUGCUUACUUCGAUAAAUAAUUUCUAUUACAUCCUUUCCCAGCGCUUCUAUAAUGUGGAGGAUAUGCAACAUUAUGGCCUGAAAGUGUGCUUUAUCUUUUCAUUCACAUUAUCUGUUACAAGAACUAUUUGUGUUUACCUAUUUUCGGCUUCUGUUAAUUUGGAAAGCACCAAACCACUAAAAGCAUUAUGUAGAAUAGAACCUGAUAUUUACAAUAUUGAAGUGGAGAGACUAAUUCGCUUAAUUGGUUCCGAUACCGUUUACAUAACCGGUAAAAACUUUUUUAAUAUCAGAAGAGGAAUUUUAUUAGAUAUUGCUAAUGCUUUAGUGACAUGCGAAAUAGUAUUAGUACAAUAUUUCGGAAAAAGUUCCUAA